GGUCUGGCAUCUUCAGAGAAACAUCUUUAGACGCGUUUCCAUUUGUAAGAUCUCUUGGCGUGUUUAUUGUUUCUCUAUAAAUUGGGCUUAGAUCUUCUCUUUAUUGUUAAGAGAAGCAUUGCUUAAGUAGCCAGUUCUCUGUUCUUGUCUCCUUUCUUUUGGUGUUUCAUCGUCUCUGUUUCCAAUGAAGAAAGUUGCGGCGUGGCUAGAGUUGCAUGACGACAGAGCCAAGCAAAAGGCCAUUAAAGUAGUCUCUACCCUUUCAGGAAUCAAUUCCAUCGCGGUGGACAUGGAGAACCAGCUAAUGACAGUGAUCAGAGACGUGGAUCAUGUAGACGUCGUGGACAAAUUGCGAAAGCUUUGGCACACGGAGAUAGUCUCUGUUGGACCAUCGAAAGAGCUUGAGAAAGACGGCAAACCCAGAAACCUGAACCAGAAACCAUAAGAAAAAGCCUUCAGCACAUAAAAUGAAUAAGUAAGGUCUCAAGCCUUGUCUGAGUCCCUGAGAGGGUACGAUGUGAUCCUGUGAAGCAUCGAAAGCCCACGGAACUGUUCUAGAAGUCCGAAGAAAAUCCCAUCCCCUCCAUGACCUUUCAUAAGAUAAGGUCAUUCGAUGUGGUCAUAAGCUUUAGAUAUGUGACACUUGAGACCCAUUAAUUUCUGUCAUCUGUGUAGCAGUUCAUAUGCAACUAGGAGAUUGUCUGACCUUGGGGAUGAA